UUUUUGGUUACACAAGUCAAUGUCUCCUCUCGACAUCACAUCUUUUCAAAAGUAAAUGCACGCACGCUUGUGCCCCUUUGCCGCAUCUUUCUUGCUGCACACCGCCAAACAUCCCAGUGGUGCCCUUUGGGUUGCUCAGCGCUUUUCACAUCGCGUAACCGAACUUUGAGGUGACUGGAACUUUUCUAAUCUGUUUUGCACCUGGGAAAGAGUGUAUUACAAUGUGUUGGAUGGACUGGCUCCAACUGGCCUCUGAAGGCUUCUAAGUUGCGUAUCUCAUCGAACGCGCUUUCUUCUCGCCAUAUACUAAUUCUUCUGCGGGAGGAACACCGUACAACUGCCCGAGUCCAGAUUUCAGCAAAAGCUUUUGCCUUAUUUCAAGUUGAUCGGCGAUGGCCGCCAUGUCCCAUUCGAAAAACAAGACUUAGAUACUAGCGGGAGAUGCAACGGCCGAUGUGUCUAACGCCACACAGAGUCCGAAUGUAGCUUCUGGCGCUCGCACAUUCUGCCAGCUUCAGGAGGUCCAGACCGAGGCACUAUGGACUGUGACUGACGGAGAUCUGGCGGAGGUGAUAUUUCCCAAUAAUAUUGAAGAAGUGCAGCCUGGCGCACUUAAUCAUAUGGUAACGUGCACGGCUGCUCUUGCAGAUAUCUUCCUUUACAUCUUACGAAAUCGAAUCAUAGUCCAAAAACCGGUAUUACCCUAGCUGUCGGGUAAGUGAUCGACACGGACAAUUGAGGAGUGACUAGGUACUAGAUGAUCUCCAGCCAGCCACUUUCAUUUACCUGUCACUGCAUUGCCGCGAUUUUUCAUGAGCGUAAUGCACAUGAUAUGAACGAUCAUUUGUCAGAUAGAUGUUGCUGUUGCGAUUUAUCACAAUUCCAAGGCCAUGUUCAAGGCAGCAGAGUGGUCAGCAUGCAUCAAGUAGACGAUCUAGGGCACUUCCAUGACCACGCAAGAGACUUUCCAUACUCCUCAAAUCGUUAAGCUGGCGACUAUAAGAAGGCGACCUUCCCUUUCUCCAUUCCAACUCAUCAACUCAUCAAUUACGCUGAUCACAAAGCCAAAGUCACAGUUCUUUAACAAACCCUCACAUCCUCUCAAACAUAACAUAAGGAAAAACAUCAUGGUUGCUAUUAGCAAGAUUGUUUCUGGCUUCGCAGUGCUCGGCGCAACUGCCUUUGCUCAGCCUGUUGAGACCGCGGAACGCCGUCAGUUGACAUGCCUUCUCAACCCGACUGUGGUCGACGCUGUUACUUGCGUUCUCAAUGCUCUUCCGCAGCUCAGCACUAAUCCUACUGCAAUCACGAGCUGCGUCACGGGACUGGCUACAGAUGCUCUGAACUGCGUUGUUGGUAUCCUUGGCAGCAUUCCAGGUCUGCCAACUCUUCCUCCUCCAUUGUGAUUGACAAAUCAUGUUUUUCCGGAAGCCAGCGGGGGGAAGUGGCCCAAAUUUUGGCCGGAGAGUCUGGACGCUAGACUAGGCUUUCUUCAGAGGCGGAUGUGAGUUGAACCAAAGGGGAGAUCGGGAUUGACACUCGUUCAGAGAGGGAAAUAAAGGCGAACAGAUGAAAUGUAUGCAGCGUGAAAUCACGUCCAGUCCUUCGACAUGCAAAGAAUCAUG